UAUCCAUCAUUCAUCAGAAUUCAUAACCGCAUAAGCCCAUGCCUCAUAUCUCUAUAUAAACGCUCACUUGCUCCCCCGUUUCCUCUACACCUUAUUCCCUCUCUUACCCACACUCUUCCCAACCAAAACCAAAAAUUAAUAUUACUCAUUAUGGCUCCCAGGGAUAAGACGGCUGCCGUUAAGGUUAACGGCAAAGGUAGCGCCGGCGUUAAAGAGGUACAUUUUAGGGGUGUUAGGAAGAGGCCAUGGGGAAGGUACGCUGCUGAGAUCAGAGAUCCAGGCAAGAAGAGCCGCGUUUGGCUCGGCACCUUCGACACCGCCGAGGACGCAGCGCGUGCAUACGACGCCGCCGCUCGAGAGUUCCGUGGCCCAAAGGCUAAGACCAACUUCCCCUUUCCUGAUUCCGACGACAACAACAAUAACAACAUCGUCGUCGUUAAGAACAACAACCGCAGCCCCAGCCAGAGCAGCACCGUCGAAUCUUCCAGCCGGGACCGCGACUCCUACUCCGCCGCUGCCACCGCAGCAGCUGAUUCGUCGCCCUUAGACCUUAACUUGGCCCCCGCUGGAGCUGGAUUCUCCGGAUCCAUUCGGUUCCCAUUCCAGCAGCCGUUCGCCGUGUUUCCCUGCCGGAUGCCGGCGGCGAAGCAGGCUCUGUACCUCGACGCGGUGCUGCGCGCCGGCAUGGUUGGUCACGGCCAGUUCGGUUUUGGUUAUAACCGCCCCGCGGCGGCGGGAGCGCAGAGUGACUCGGACUCUUCGUCGGUGAUUGAUCUGAACCAGCACGACGGCGAUGUCGCUAAGAAUCACGGAAGAGGCUUAGUUCUAGACCUGAACGAACCUCCUCCACAAGAGAUGGCUUGAACCUUAGGGUUCCGUAAUUUUUAAUGUUCCCGGAUUAUGAGUCUCUCUAUCCUUUUUUUUUUUGUUAAGAAAAAAUCUAAUUAAGAAGAGGUAAUCGUUUUGUGAAUAGAAUAGAUAGGCGAUUAUUGUUGUGUCCAAUUUUUUGCGACUGGGAAACUAAACGAUCCCGUUUGGAUCUCUGUUGUUCCGGAAACCCCAAUGUUAAUUACGAAACUGCCACUAGUUUUUGUUAAUGAUGAUGAUGAAUCAGUUGUAAUAAACUAAUACUUGCAGUGCAGUGCAGUUUUUGGCUUCAAUAAUAGUAGUAAGAUGAAAAUGUUUGAUGAUCCA